AUGCUAUUGCAUGAUGACGUGAUCCAUUGUCAUGAUUAUUUGCUUGUCAAAUACCCGACCAACAGAAGGACACUUCAUUAUAUCGGCAAGGUAGAAUCUUGCAUCCGCUUUCCGGACUUGCAAGAUAUUUCGACUGUUUCCAGAGAAGAUAUAGUUUCGAAAAUACCGAAGCAGCACCAGGAACUUCAAGGAUCCAUCAUAGCUACAAGUAUGAAGGUACACUGCAGUAUUCGUGACGAAAUUAUAAAACAAGAAAAUGGAAGUUUUAGUGGUGGCAAACUGGAGUUGACAGUUAAAGAAGAAUCAGUCAAUAAUAUCAUAUUAUCCUACAAACACAAAGAAUUGGAUGAUGGCUACAAGAAUUCGUCAAGUUUCAGUGCUUCAAAACAUUUCUUCGACGCUAGAAGUAAAAUAGAAGAAUCUCACGUGUUUAAAAUUAUUCAACAGUUACCCAAAGGUGCUUCAUUGCAUACUCAUGUAUUGGCUGGGGUCUCCAUAGAUUUUAUAGUGGAAAAAUUCACCUACAUGGAUAAUAUAUAUGGUGGGUUUUUUAAUGGUGUUUUCAAGCUCAAAUUUUUCAAACCUGGUGAACAAUAUCACCCAUGGAAAUUAUUGAAAGAUUAUAGAAAAGAUGCGAAUUUUGAUGAUUGGUUGAAAACACAGCUCUCUUUAGUGUAUGACACAUACGAUUCUGUUGAUGAUAUAUGGGCAAAAUUUAAAAAAACGUUCAGUACAAUGUACGACAUGAUUUGUUAUAAGCCUGUUUUUGAGAUGUAUAUUGAACAAUUUUUGAAUGAGCUGUAUAAAGAUAAUGUUGUGUAUACUGAAGUUAAGGGCACAUUUAUGCCUUUGUAUGAUUUAAAUGGUACUAAGUUUGAUACGAAAGAUUUUUUUAGAAUUUUCAUUAAUACAGUGGAGAAAUUUAAGAAGUCUCAUACAAAUUUUGUGGGUUUAAAAUAUAUUCACUCUAUUUAUCGUGGAGUUAAUAACAACGUUCUAAAAGAUGGCCUAGAUGCCUUGAUAGAACUCAAAAAAGAAUUUCCUGAUUUUAUAGCUGGGUUUGACUUCGUUGGAUAUGAAGAAGAAGGCCACUCUUUACACCACUACAGAAAAGAACUGUUAAAUGCCUCAAAAUUCGACCUAAAGUUCUUCUUCCAUGCCGGUGAAACGAAUUGGUUUGGUCAUACAGAUUUAAACCUAAUCGACGCAAUGUUGAUGAAUUCUACCAGAAUUGGACAUGGUUUUGCCCUACCAAAACACCCAGAGCUAAUAAAAAUGGGUAUAACCAAAAACAUACCUUUGGAAUUAUGCCCCAUAUCCAACCAAGUUCUUAAGCUAAUUGAGGACCCUAGAAACCACCCCUUAACAUCACUUCUAGCCAUUAACUACCCCAUAGUCAUUUGCAACGAUGACCCAGCACUAUGGAACGCCACUGGUGUUAGCUAUGACUGGUAUGUCGUUUUUAUGACCAUGACUCCGAAAAAUGCUGGUUUGGGAUUUUUGAAGCAAAUGGCUUUGAAUUCGCUGCAAUUCAGUGUGUUAUCUAAUUUGGAAAGGAGUGAAGCUUUCAAUGUAUGGGAGAGACAAUGGGAUCGAUUUUUAGAUAAUAUAUUAGCAAAUCAUAAUUUAGUAUAA